AUGUCAUAUUUCUUAACCUUACAUCCUUCCUCUCUUAAUCUCCGUUUCUACCUUUCUGUUUCUUGUUUUACCACCCUCACUAACCUAUUUCCAACAACAUCUUCACAAAACCAACUCAACAUUACUAAACAAACACAAAAACAUUUGAUUUCACUCAUAAAAUCAUGUAGCAAAAAGACCCAUUUCCUCCAAAUCCAUGCCCACAUCAUCCUUACAUCUCUCAUUCAAGACCCCACCAUUUCUCUUCACUUGUUGUCCCGCAUUUCCUUCUCUCCCUUCCGCGAAACUCGUUAUUCCCGCCAAAUAUUCGAUCAAAUACCUAACCCGAAUGUGUCUCAUUUCAACACUAUUAUAAGAGCUUACUCUAUCAGUAACUCACCCGAACAAGCCUUUUAUUUGUUUAAAAAUAUGAGAAAAAAAUGCGUGCCCACAAGCCCGUUAACGUGUUCUUUUGCAAUUAAGUCUUGCAUUAGGUUUUGUUCACUGAUAGGUGGUGUACAAAUUCACUCAAGAAUUUUGAGAGAUGGGUAUCAAUCAGAUAGUCUUUUAAUGACUACUUUGAUGGAUUUUUAUUCAAACCGCGGGAAAAGUGUUCAAGCUUGUAGGGUGUUCGAUGAAAUCUCCCAAAGAGAUACGGUUGCUUGGAAUGUUUUAAUUUCUUGUUACAUACGUAACCAACGCACCCGAGAUGCUUUGUGUUUGUUUGAUAAUAUGAAUAGCGAGGAAAAUGAGUGUAAGCCGGAUGAUGUUACUUGUUUGCUUGUUCUUCAUGCUUGUGCCCAGUUGGGCGCAUUAGAAUUUGGUGAGAAAGUUCAUAGCUUUAUCGAGGAACAUGGGUAUGGUGAUGCUAAAAAUGUUUGUAAUUCUCUUAUAGCAAUGUAUUCGCGGUGUGGGAGUUUGGAUAAGGCUUAUUGGGUGUUUAAGGGUAUACGAGAGAAGAAUGUGGUUUCGUGGAGUGCUAUGAUUCAUGGUUUUGCUAUUAAUGGGCAUGGGAGAGAGGCUAUUGAAGCAUUUGAAGAGAUGCAAAGAAGGAGUGUUUUGCCGGAUGAUCAGACUUUUACUGGGGUUCUUUUGGCUUGUAGUCAUUGUGGGUUUGUUGAUGAAGGAAUGAUGUUUCUUGAUCGUAUGAGCAAAGAGUUUAAUAUAUUACCUAAUAUACACCAUUAUGGAUGCAUCGUUGACCUUUUGGGUCGUGCUGGUUUGCUUGAUCAGGCUUAUCAAGUUAUAAUGUCAAUGGAGGUCAAACCUGAUUCAACUAUAUGGAGGACUUUACUUGGUGCUUGCAGAAUUCAUGGACAUGUCAAUCUUGGUGAACGUGUGGUUGGACAAUUGAUUGAACUUAAGGCUCAGGAAGCUGGAGAUUAUGUUUUGUUGUUGAACAUAUAUUCGUCGGUUGGAAAUUGGGAGAAGGUGAAGGAACUGAGGUGUUUUAUGAAGGAGAAAGGAAUCCAAACUACUCCUGGUUGUAGUACAAUUGAACUGAAGGGAGUAGUACACGAUUUUGUUGUGGAUGAUGUUUCACAUCCACGAAAGGAUGAGAUCUAUGAGAUGUUAGAUGAGAUUAAUAAGCAGCUGAAAAUUGCUGGUUAUGUUUCUGAAAUAACAUCUGAAUUGCACAACCUGGCUGCAGAAGAAAAGGGGUAUGCACUCUCUUAUCAUAGUGAGAAAUUGGCUAUUGCUUUUGGGGUUCUUGUAACUCCGCCGGGCACAGCAAUCAGAGUGGCCAAGAAUCUGCGAAUUUGUGUUGACUGCCACAAUUUUGCUAAGGUUCUUUCAGGAGUUUAUAAUCGAGAAGUUAUCAUUAGAGAUCGUACUCGGUUUCAUCAUUUCCGGGAAGGACAUUGCUCUUGCAAUGACUAUUGGUAGGGUAUUAGAGGUUGGAGAAUAUACUCUUAAAAUAUGAUACAUGAGGCAACUGAGAUAUUAUUAACUGCCAGAGCUAGGCUUGGCUUUAAUUCUACCGAUGGUCCGAUGCCCUCUUGUAUGGAUCAUGUAGAGAAGUAUUUUUCUAUUUCCUUGGCAGAGAAGAUAAGGAUUUAAAAGCUCCAAGUCCACCAAUAACUAGGAACAAGUAAAUUUCUGACACUUGUGAAGAUUGCAAAUGCUGAUUCGGACUAUUCUGGAAUCCUACCCUGUAU